AUGUCAAAAGGCCUUGCAAAAUUUGAAGUGGUACUUGUCGAGCCCGGCCUUGCUGCACAUGCCGAAGGCAGACGAAAAACUGUUCCUAUAGCUAGCAGUGUCCGAGGUUACGACUUUACCCCCGCCAUAAUUCCCGAGGUAGAGAAAGAGCUCUUGUUAACUUCGGAAAGAGUUUCCGGUAUCUGGACCCUGUAUACGGACUGGGCAUCAAACCUAAAAGGGAUCGGAAUUGGUAUUGUUCUUAAGGCCCCGGAAGGUGACGUUAUUAGAAUAUCAAUCAGAACCAUGAAAUUAACUAACAAUGAGGCCGAGUAUAAGGCUAUGAUUGCAGGUCUGGAAUUGGCUCGGAGUUUAGGGGCCAAAGUUAUCGAAGCGAAGUGUGACUCCCUUCUGGUCGUGAACCAAGUUAAUAGUGUCUUCAAGGUCAAGGAUGAACGAAUGCAAAGAUACUUGGAAAAAACUCAAGUAAUAUUGCAUCGGUUUAAAGAAUGGACCAUGCAACAUCUACCGAGGGAGCACAAUAAAGAGGCAGAUGCGUUGGCCAACUUAGGAUCAUCGGUUGAAGCGGAGUAG